AUGCCACAAUUAUCAAAUCAUGAUAAUCCUCACCCUUACAACUUGCCAACAAGUCUGUCUAUACGCGAGUCUGUGGCACAGAAAGUUGCCUUAUCGAUGCACUACCUCAAUCAAUUGAAAGCAUGGUUUGCAGGGCAAUCGCUAAUAAAGAAAGUGUUUGUUGUACUUGGAUGUAUCGUUCUCGGAAUAUUAGGUGUGUUAUUCUUAAUAUUCCAUUCAUAUUUGAUAAACCAAUUGAUCAACUUGUCUGACAAGUGGCAUGAUUUGAAAUAUGGAGGAGUGAUAAUAUUUGCCUUGGUGUUUACAGUAAGUUUCCCACCAUUAAUUGGUUUCACUGCAUUGAGUUUGUUGACAGGAAUGGUAUAUGGGUUCCCGCAAGGGUGGCCGUUGUUGGCUUUUGCAUCAGUAUCAGGAUGCACUGCUUCGUUCCUCGUGUUUCGAUACCUUUUACAAAAUCAAGCGACAAAAUUGGUGCAAUACAAUGAGAAAUUUAGAGCUUUUGCCGAAGUUUUACACGAUGAUAGUUCGUUGUUGCUAUUGUGUUUAAUACGGCUUUGCCCAUUGCCGUACUCGUUAUCCAAUGGUGCGUUAGCAGCGGUGCCCGAGUUGCCACUUUUAACAUACUUUCUUGCAACGUUGAUUACAUCUCCCAAAUUGUUUAUACAUUUGUUUGUUGGUAGCAAGUUGAAAGAUUUAGGAAGUGACAAAAGCUCGGGAAUGUCAAAGUUUGUUGACGUCGUUAGUAUAAUAAUCACAGGUGGUGCUGCUUCACUAGCCACUUAUUUGAUUUAUGUCAAAAUGCAGCAAAAGCUAGCGAGCUUCCACCAAAGAGGCGUUAUUCAUGAUGAUGUACUAGUUUUUGGAAAUUUUGCUGAUGAGUUGGAAAUGGGAAGCCACAAUGAGAUUGAAUUGAACUCUACCGAUUUUGACACUGACAAUUUUUUAAUUGAGGACGAUGAUGAGGAGAAUGGGGACAAUAUAAUACAGGAUAGUGAUGUACAUUCUCAGAGUAGCCACAAGAGCCAAAAAAGUCAAAAGAGUCAAACAAAUAAUAAACACGCAAAUGACACAGACCAAGUUCACAAAGAUUCACAUACAGAUUAG